CUUCUUGGAAACAUCCAUCUGGAGACUGUUUUCAUUUUAUCUAGAUUUGUGCAGAGAGAAACUUUCACACAACUCCAUCAAGAUUUGAUAUUGAUAAUGCAGGAAGACUGAUGGGGGCUGGAAUGGCUACAAUUGGGAUUGCUGGUCCUGGUGCUGGAGUUGGAAUUGUUUUUGGCAGCCUCAUGUUUUCUUAUGCUCGUAAUCCUACCCUUAAAAAUGCACUGUUUUCCUAUGCCAUCCUGGGAUUUGCGCUCACUGAGGCCAUGGGACUCUUUGCUAUUUUAAUGGCAUUCAUUAUUUUGUUCACAUAACAUUUACUCUUAUUGUUUCAUGUAUAGUUUGGAAAUGUGGUUUUGAUCACUACAUGUCAUACUACAAAUUUGUAGAAGAUUGAGGUAUGACAUGGAACAAAUACUAUUCACCUCUUUUGUUACUUUCACUCUUUAUUGGUGCUGAAAUAAAUGUACAUAAAACUUGA